GAUAGCACAGCUAUUCAUAUAACAUUUGUCUUGGUUGUUUUAAAAACUUGAAUACAAUGGAGCCAGAGCAAACAUAUGAAGAGCUUAUAUUUACAAGUGAAGACUCUUACAAGGUGUUAGAAUGUCGUCAGAAGAACAAUGCAAGAACACAGAUGGUUGUUGAAUCUGGGGAAGUACAUGGAGAUAAAGACCAGCUCAACAAAGGAUGCACAAAACCAUUAAUUACGUUGAUUGGAACCAUUGUCACCUUGCUGGUAGUAGUUAUAAUCUUGAUUAUUUUGACUAUACAGAUGUCACAACAGAUAAUUCAAUGCAACAAUGAUAAAACAGUCCUUAUAAAAGAAAUAGAGAGAAUCAAAAAUGAGACUAUCAUGCCUAAUUGUGAGACAUCAACAUCUGAACACCCAGAACUCACCACAAAGCCAACAGCGACAACACAAGCACAUUCUACUACUUGUAGCUGGAAGGAUGAAGAAAGGUUUCAAAACAGCUGCUAUUUUUUCAAUCAUGAUUUACAUGAUGUCUGGUUUGGAAGUCGGAAAAAGUGUAAAGAAAGGAAUUCUGAUUUAGUAGUAAUCAAUAGUCGUGAAGAGGAGUCCCUUUUUGUACUUGGUACUGCAAGACACUACCGUUAG